AUGAAGACCACCAUCAUCCUCAGCUUCCUGUUCGGCGCCAUCGCCAUGGCUGCUGCAGUUGAGAAGAAGUCACCUACCUUCGAGUGCCAACAACUUCUCUCUCCUUGCCAGGACAACAGCGAGUGCUGCUCCGAGCGAUGCCUUCUCGGCACCUGCGUCGGUCUGUCGUAG